ACAAGCGCUCGAUUUGCUGCCACUAUCGUGAAGGCAAUGAGCUGCCGGCACUGCUUGGCCUCAUCCUGACGGAACGACCCUUGUGUAUGCCCUCAGAAUGGACGAGCUGCUCGACAACGGCAGUUCGGGGCCUAGCUCCAGUUCUGCCCAGGCCGUCCUGCGGAUCGCCCAGCUUCUGUACCCGAUGGUUCUGCUCCUGGCCUUCAUCAUUUCGGCCGGCGUUCACACCGUCAUCACAUCAAGGACUGAAGAAGAGUUUGUCGUUCCGACCGUCAAGGGGCCCGACGGGAAGCCAUUGCCGAUCACCAAGAGGAAGCGGGAGCAAGAAGCGUCGGAUGCGGACGACGACGCCAACGGCAACAGCGGCUUCGCCUGGACUGCCUUCCUAUAUCUAACAGGCGGCCUCACAUUGUCCUUCGUUGCCAAUGGCGCUGCAAUCGCCGCUCAUGCCAUGCAGUCAAGGAGAAGAUCCGGCCUCGACGCUGCGUGGUGGUGUAGCGAAGAGAGAAUCGUCUAUGUUGUCGGGUCUGCGUUCCUCUACCUCUACGUCCUGAUUACGCUUUUGGAGUGGCGCCACAGCCCAACCGUGGUUCACUUCAUCAUCUGGAUCCUUGGUCUCGUUGGCGAAGUGGUGAUUCUGGCUGCUUCCAUCCUCACCAUUACCGCCGGCGCAUACACGGCACUGGCUCCGAAAGCCGAGGAUCAGGUUGAGCCCUGGGACGUGGUCGACCUCAGCAUUGCCGGCGUCCGCUUUUGCCUAAUCGUAUGCCUGAUCUGCCUGUACGCCGCCUCGGCAAGGAAGCGCCCAGAGCACCGCCGGCUGCAUGACGAGGAGCAGGCACAGCGAUCCGAUGCGGACGAGGCGAGCCCGCUGCUGAACGGCCACGGGGAUUAUCACGGCCGCGCCAACGGACAUGCGACGCGUGACACGCACUACGGCAGCACAGCCGCGAGCGUCCGCCGCAGCUCAAAUGUCCGCGACGGACAACGCGCGCCGCAGCAGGACGAAGAGGCUGCCUUCUACAGGCCCGACAAGUUGCCUCACAAGACGUGGUUCGAGUACUGCCGCGGAUACUCGGUCUUCUUCCCGUACCUUUGGCCGAGCAAGUCGGUCAGGCUCCAAAUUGUGGUUCUCGUGUGCUUCGUCCUCGUCAUCUUGCAGCGGGUCGUCAACAUCCUGGUGCCGGCCCAGCUCGGCGUCGUCACAGACAUCUUCGAGAAGCAAACUGGCGAUCCGGUGUGGUUCGAGCUUGGGCUUCUGAUACUGUACAAGCUGCUACAAGGUAAUUCCGGCUUGCUUGGAUCGGUUCGCUCAAUCCUCUGGAUCCCGGUUUCCCAGCACACCUACCGGGCCCUGACGACGGCCGCUUUUGAGCAUGUGCACUCGCUCUCGCUGGACUUCCAUCUGAGCAAGCGCACCGGCGAGGUCCUCUCGGCACUCAACAAAGGCGCAUCUAUCAACCAAUUCCUGGAGCAGGUCACGUUUCAGGUAGUGCCGAUGCUGGUGGACCUUCUGGUGGCCAUCGUCUAUUUCUACGUCCGGUUUGGCGCCAUGUACGCCCUUUUCGUGUCCAUCAUCACCUUCUACUACCUCUACUUGACCAUCCGCAUGGCUGCCACUAGAGCUGACCAGCGGCGCGAUAUGGUCAAUGCCGACCGGGAGGAGGAGGCCGUCAAGAACGACUCGAUUAUGUCGUACGAAACGGUCAAGUACUUCAACGCCGAAAAGCGCGAGUUUGAGCGCUAUGGCGAUGCCAUCAAGAAGUUCCAGGAAGCCGAGGCCAAGGUGACAUACGGCAUCAGCCAGAUGAACAUGUGCCAGUCGGUCGUCUUUAUGUGCGGCCUGCUUGUCGCCUUGCUGGUCUGCGGCUACCAAGUCUCGCGCGGCAGUAGGAGCGUCGGCGACUUCGUCUUGCUCGUAACCUAUCUCAACCAGCUGCAGGGCCCUCUCAACUUCUUCGGCACCUUCUACCGGACGGUACAGUCGGCCAUGAUCUCGGGUGAGAGAUUGCUCGAGCUCUUCAAGAUCCAGCCUACCGUCGUGGACAAGCCAGGUGUGAGGCCGCUAUCGGAAUGCAGCGGCCAUAUCAAGUGGAACAAGGUCGGCUUCGCGUACGACCGGCGCAAGCCAGCCCUGCGCGAGAUGUCGUUCGAGUGCAAACCUGGCACCACGACUGCCUUUGUAGGCGAGUCGGGCGGAGGCAAAUCGACCGUCUUCCGCCUUAUGUUCCGGUACUACAACUGCCAAGAGGGGAGCAUUGAGAUUGACGGGCACGAUGUUAAGGACUUGACGAUCGACUCGGUGCGCCGCUUCAUCGGCGUCGUGCCGCAGGACACCAUCCUCUUCAACGAGACUCUGAUGUACAACCUGAAGUACGCCAACCCGAACGCUACAGACGAGGAGGUCUUCGACGCCUGCCGCGCCGCUGCCAUCCACGACCGCAUCAUGAGCUUCCCCGACGGCUAUCUCACAAAGGUGGGCGAGCGGGGUCUUCGGCUGAGUGGAGGCGAGAAGCAGCGUGUGGCGAUUGCGCGCACGAUUUUGAAGAAUCCGAAGAUCAUCAUGUUGGACGAGGCGACGUCGGCUCUCGACGGUGAGACUGAACAACAGAUCCAGUCCAAGCUCAUUAGUGGCAAGUUUGGUCAGAACCGGACGCUGCUGAUUAUUGCUCAUCGGUUGUCCACCAUAACCCACGCCGACCAAAUCCUCGUCCUCCAUGCCGGCACUGUGGUGGAGCGAGGCACCCACCAGGAGCUGCUCGCACUCAACGGCCGCUACGCCGCAAUGUGGGAGAAGCACUGCCGCGCCGAGCAAGCCGCCGAGCGAGCGCGCGACGCGACGCGGAAGGCUAGGAGGCUUCUGAGCCAGGCGAAGAUUGCUCGACCGGAUGAGAUCUCGGACGGGUACAACAGCAUGAUCUCGUCAGCUAUCUUACCUACGGCGCCGCACAGCCCGGCGGCUACCGCUGCGGACACGCACGACACCGCGUCCAUCUCGUCUCAUGCGAGCAGUACCCCGUCAAGCGGUUCGGAUGGCACCCUCCAAGACGACGCGUGCGAAGAGCACCGUCACUCAAGCCACCCCGACAAGCCGGUCGACGCAUCCCGGCCCCUGCUGUACUCCUUUCCGUCAGCGGAGUCGUCCGCCAGCCGAUCGGCAGAUGUUCCCAGAUUUCCUUGAGCCUGCUUUUGCUGAGGACCAGGAACCAGACUCGAAUCUCAGGGGCUUGCCUGGCGGCUGGAUGCAACUCCUGAGCUGCUCCGGCGCUCCU